UGGGGAUGUUUUUGAAGACGAACUCUUCUAUCUUGGGCGAAUCCAAGAGUGCAUGCAUGCAUGUGUAUUGGCCUGUUUGGAAACGUUGGUUGGCGGACGCUUCUAGAACCGUCAAAUAAAUGAGUUUUCAACAUCUUGGUCAGGCAUCUUUCUCAUUCAUAGAAAAAGCUUUGAGUGCAAAAGAUAGAGACAUAAAAAAAUAAGGUUUAACAAACAAAACGUCUAGGUAAUAAAUUUUCACCAUGGGGGUUCAGCUUCGCCCACGGACCAUAACCGUGGAUCGUGGAUCCCGAGGAUUCGGAUUGUCUUUGAUCUAUCGUGGUUUGGAUAAAUACGAGGAGAAAGACACGGGUAUCUUUGUGGCCCGAGUUGUUCCCGGAGGUCAAGCCGCUCGGUAUGGCGUCCGUGAGAAUGACAAGAUCGUGACGAUCAAUUCCAAGACCCCGCGGAAUGUGGACGACGCGGUAGCCGUGAUCAAGCAGGCUGGUAAUCAGAUCAAGUUGGUGGUUCUUCGAGAGGAAGAAAUGCCCGAUAUUCAGGUAGAGGACAGCUCCUCCAUUGGCGAGGCCGAUUCGACAUGGGCAAGUGAUGCGUUAGAUAUCAUGCGGGACACCCUUGGACAACAACCCAUUUCUCGAUCCGGCUCGGCUCGCUCGUUCAACACGACCUUCGGCCCGCCCGGCAACGCCACGCCCUCGCCUCGACUUCAACGAGCUCAGGGGCCCCAUGCCACGGGCAGUUUCAGUGGGGGAAGUCAAGUGAACACGCCCACCUCACCCUCGGCCGUGAACAAGCAACAGGACUUUGCUCGUCAACAAGCAGAGUAUCGGGCCCGCCAAGAGGCUGCCGAGCGGGCUCGUCAACAACAACUCCAACAGUAUCAACAACAGCAGGAGACCGCCCGACAGUUGGCCCGCCAAGAUGGGAACCCGGUGUCGGUGAAGGACACGGUUCGCGAUAUGAUCAGCAACUCGGACUUCAGUAACUUUGACGUCCGACCCCGCUCCAACAGCGCCACUCGACGCGUUAUUCAGAACGGUCGAGACGACCAGGAAACGAAGAAGUCGACGGAGAACAUCACACGGAUUGUGGAGACCAUGCAUCGGCCGGGAACGAGCCAAUCGGGGCGGUACAAGUCCACAAAUAGCCUCCAUGAUCUGGGCUUGGACAACUAUCCCAAUCCCGAGUAUCCGGAGGCCAGUCGCCUGUCCAGGAAGGAGGAGAAGCAAUCCCUUCAAAACUUGAACAACCGCUUGGCUGGUUACAUCGAUCGUGUGCGGCAACUGCAACAAGAAAAUGCCAAACUGGUCCACCAAGUUCGGACCGUCGAGGAGUACCAGAGCAAAGAGAUCACCAAUGUCAAGGACAUCUAUGACAAACAAAUCAAUGAUCUCAAGGGAGGUCUGGAGAGCAUGAACAAACAAUACAACCAGCUCAAGGUCGGAGCUGAGGGAUUGCUAUCCGAGAACGAAGAUCUCAAAGAAAGGUUGAACAAGAAGGAUAGGGACCUUUUGAACGCAAAUAAUCAUGCCAAUGCAUUGGAGGACGAGGUCCGAGAACUCUCGAGUCGAAUGAAGAAGUUGGAGCAAGACCGUCAAAGGGCUCAGGACGAGCUGAAGGAUGCCCUGCCCGAAUUGGACGUUCUGAGGAAGAAAUUGGCCGAUUUGAAGCGCGUUCUCGACGACGAGCAACUCAAGAAGGCCGAUCUGGAGAACCAAUGUGCCCGAUUGGAAGAGGAUCUCAAGUUCAAGCUCCAAUUGUUGGAGAAAGAAUUGACCGAGGUCAAGCAUCGAAAGGAAAUCGAAAUCAACGAAAUGGAUGGCAAACUUCAAGAGGAGUACGAGCUUCGUCUUCAAAAGGCUCUGGAGGAGCUUCGCGGGGUGUAUGACAAGCAGAUGAAGCAGAGCAGAGAGGACUUUGCCAAACUUUACGAUAACAGAAUCCAAGAUCUCCAAGGUCAAUUGACUAAAGAGAGAGGAGCCAAUGCCAGUUCCAGUCAAGAGCUGAAGGAGUCUCGAGGUCGCAUUGAGGCCCUCAUCAGCAAGGUCUCCGACCUGGAAGGCGCCAAUCUGGCUCUGAACCAAAAGAUCGCCGACCUAGCUCAGGAUAUGGAGGACCAGAAGGCGGCCCAUCGCGCCCAAAUGGCCGCCAAGGAUGACGAAAUCAAGCGUCUUUUGGACGAGUUGGCCCAUCAACUCAAGGAGUACCAGAACCUCCAGGAUCUCAAGGUCCAACUCGACAUGGAGAUUGCCGUGUUCAAGAGCCUCAUUGAGUCGGAAGAGGACCGCCUCGGUCUCGGGGAUCGUUCGUUGGAUCUGAGCGAUUCCAGUGAUUCGCAUUCGCGAACCAAAGUGGAGCACAAGAAGGAGUCGUCGAGUUUCCAACGGAAAGUCACCGUCUCUCAAACUCAACUUUAAUUCAUUCCGAAUGAAGCCUCGUCUACUCGUAUUUUCCAAUAAUAAUCAUUGUGUAGAACUUCAUCACGUGUACAAACAAACGAACGAACCCUGCAAAAACAUUUGUGUUUACUAAUUCUUCUCGUUGUGCACUGUUGAAGCCCGUCCGCAUUGUAAAUUAUAUUUUAAAUCCAACAUUUUUCCUCGCGCAUACAAAACACAAUCUCGUCGAUGACGAGAUUUUCUUCCUUUGAUUUGAUUCAACCCUUUUUCAACUCGUCUCAAGACAAAAUACUGCCCCAACAAAAACGCUAUGGUCAAUGACGAUGACUUCAGUAUCUCUACGUAUAUAUCAUAUCUCCCAAAAGUAAAGUAAAGAAUGAUAAACAUUUGGCAGGAUUACGUUAUUGCAAAAUAUGUCUUCCAUGAUCAGAGAAAAUGGCAAAUGACUUGUUGUUAUUGUGAAGAAACUUCAAUAAAUCAUUUCAAUAACAAA